UGGCAACAGUGCAGCUGUGGCAAAACAAAUCAAAUGUUUACUUUUAAAUAAUACAUAAGUUUGGCAUUAUUAUGGACUUUAAUGUGCACAAAAUAUGUCGCGUCUGUCUUGAGGAGGGCGCACCAAGUCCUCUUACUUCUAUUUACAGCACUGAGUUUGCCAUGAUGCCAUCACAAAUGUUGAUGAUGUGCUCAAAGAUUCGGGUGUAUAAAACGGACGGUCUACCCGCUGGCAUUUGUAAUAACUGCCUUUAUCGCCUGGGUGUAGCGUAUCACUUUCAGCAGGAGUGUGAAAAUAGCGAUAUGCGUUUGCGUCAAUAUUUAGGUUUGCACGAGUCCUGGAGACAUGAUGCAGCCACAAAUACCGAGUUUGUGGCUAGCGAAAUCAAGCCCUUGCCCCAAACGCAUCAGCUCAAUUCUAGCGAAGAUGAGGAAGGAGGACAGACUGAAGCAAUCAAGCGCAGUAAACGUCGCUCGCGUUACCAGCGAAAACCGCCUGAAAGUCACAAGAAACGAGGACCGAAGCCUGUACCGAAGCUCCCGCACACUUGCUAUGUGACCACGUGCCACAAGAGUUUCAAAUGUGCUGCCCAGCUAACGCAGCACAUUCGCACGCAUACGGGUGAAAAGCCUUACGCUUGUAGCUAUUGUUCGCAGCGUUUUGCCCAGAAAUAUAAUCUGAAAGUGCACGAACGGACGCACACGGGCAAUAAGCCAUUUCAGUGCGAAAUCUGCUCCAAGCAGUUCUCGGCGCUGGGCAACUUUCAGGCUCAUCAGAAGAUUCACAGUGGCGUGCGGGAUCAAAUCUGUUCGCUCUGUCAGAAGGCUUUUUACACUGCGGGCGAUCUGUCCAAGCACAUGAUUACGCAUACGGGAAUCAAGAAUCAUCACUGUGAUGUUUGUGGCAAAUCGUUUAGUAGGCGUCGCGAUAUGCGCGCACAUAAACUUAAGCUGCAUCCGCUCGAGUCGGGCACCGAGCAUGAUAUUGUGGAUGACGACGAUGAUGAGCCGAUUGAUACUGAUCCUGUAGGACUGGAUACACUGGAUCAUGCGCAUUUCAAGUGCCCCGACUGCGAUAAGGCCUAUGAUACGGCGGACAGUUUGAGUCUGCACUUUCGCACACACGCAGCGAAUAAUAAUUUGUUAAAUUUGCCACUGCCACUGCCACCAUCGGCACCUUCAGCAAUGACGCAUCACUACCAUCACCAUCAUCCAGGCGCGGCGCCACCACCAACAGCCAUGCAUCAUCACGACGCGCUGCAACUGCAUCAUCUAGCGCCGCCAAAUGCGGCCACACAAAUGGGCAUGGCUGCCAUGGCGCAUAUGCUGGCCCCACCACCUCCUCCACCACCCACACCCAGCGAAGGUCGCUACACCAUGCUGCACCACACGACUGCACAACGUUUGCACUAUUAGAAUGGGCAUAUUUCAAAACUUUAAUGUGGGAAGCUUUAACAUAGAACCAUGGCUUCGAUAGUCAAAAAAUAAAAAAUUUGAGCAAAAUUUGAAUACAGAAUGAAUAUAGAGGCCAAGUCAUGAUCAAAAUGACAGUCCGCUAAAAAUCGGUUCAGUUUUGCCACAGUUAUGACAGUCGGAAGUUGCUCAGUCCUCUGCCUAGCAACUUAACAAGUCAAAAUAUUUCUUAAUUUUUACAUGAUUUUUUACAAGAAAAUGA